CAGUUAUCGAGAGGAGAAAUGGCGCAGAAAGGAGAUCAGCUGGACCAGGAAACAUUUUCUUGUUCGAUCUGUUUGGAGGUUUUAAAGGAUCCGGUGACUAUUCCCUGUGGACACAGUUACUGUAUGAACUGUAUUAACAACUACUGGGAUGAAGGAGAGAAGAAACUCCCCAGCUGUCCUCAGUGUAGAAAGACGUUCAUACCGAGACCUGCACUGGUGAGAAGCACCGUGUUUGCUGCUUUAUUAGAGCAGAUGAAGAAGACUGGACCCCAAGCUGCUCCUGCUGAUCACUGGUAUGCUGGACCUGAAGAUGUGGCCUGUGAUUUCUGCUCUGGAAGAAAACUGAAAGCCAUCAAGUCCUGUUUAUUCUGUCUGGCCUCUUACUGCGAGAAUCACCUUCAACCUCAUCAUGAUGUGGCUCCAUUCAAGAAACACAAGCUGGUGGAUCCCUCCAAGAACCUGCAGGACAACAUCUGCCCCCGUCAUGAUGAGGUGAUGAAGAUGUUCUGUCGUACUGAUCAGAAGUGUAUCUGUUAUCUCUGCUCUGUGGAUGAACAUAAAGGCCAUGACACAGUCUCAGCUGCAGCAGAAAGGACUGAGAGGCAGAGAGAGAUGGAGGUGAGUCGACAACAAAUCCAGCAGGAGAUCCAGGACAGAGAGAAAGAUGUGAAGCUGCUUCAGCAGGAGGUGGAGGCCAUCAAUCAGUCUGCUGAUAAAACAGUGGAGCACAGUGAGGAGAUCUUCACUGAGCUGAUCUCUCUCCUCCAGAAAAGAAGCUCUGAUGUGAAGCAGCAGAUCAGAUCCCAGCAGGAAACUGAGGUGAGGAGAGUCAGAGAGCUUGAGGAGAAGCUGCAGCAGGAGAUCACUGACCUGAAGAGGAGAGACGCUGAGAUGAAGCAGCUCUCAGACACCGAGGACCACAACCAGUUUCUCCACAACUACCCCUCACUGUCACCACUCAGUGAGUCCACACACUCCUCCAGCAUCAGCAUCCGUCCUCUCAGGUACUUUGAGGAUGUGACAGCAGCUGUGUCAGAGGUCAGAGGUCAACUACAGGACAUCCCGAGAGACACGUGGACAAACAUCUCACUGACCAUCACUGAUGUGGAUGUUUUACUGCCACAACCAGAACCAAAGAGCAGAGCUGGAUUCUUGAAAUAUUCAUGUGAAAUCACUCUGGAUCCAAACACAGUAAACACACAGCUGUUACUGUCAGAGGAAAACAGAAAGGUGACUUUUAUGGACCAAGAUCAGUCUUAUUCUAGUCAUCCAUACAGAUUCACUGAAUAUCUUCAGGUCCUGAGUAGAGAGAGUCUGGCUGGACGUCAUUACUGGGAGGUGGAGAAGAAAGCAGGUGCUGGUGUAGCAGUUUCAUACAAGGACAUCAGCAGAUCAGGGGAGGAAAGUAUAUUUGGAUUUAAUGACAAAUCUUGGUCAAUACAUUGUUCCUCAGACAGUUGUGGAUUUUUUUACAACAGCAUCCUAACCUCCAUCUCAGGUCCUCAGAGCUCCAGAAUAGGAGUUUACCUGGAUCACAGAGCAGGUGUUCUGUCCUUCUACAGCGUCUCUGGAACCAUGACCCUCCUCCACAGAGUCCAGACCACCUUCACUCAGCCGCUACACGCUGGAGUUCGGGUUUGUAACACUUCUGGACACUCAGCUGAGUUCUGUAAACUCAAAUAG